AUGAACGGGACAUCAAUUGGCGGGAAAACUUCCCUCGAUGCUGCCGACUACGAUCCCAUCGACCACCUCAAUCAACUCUUCCCGCACCCGUCGACCGUGAACUCGGUUAGCCGUGUCUCCGAUACUCUUCAAAAACACAAAAAUGAUAUCUCGGUCGAGAUAUCCGAACUCGAGGUCGCCCAGGCCUACGGGCCCGACUCGAGCCUCGAGCGCAUGCAGUCCGCCCAAGCCGAACUAGCCCAGCUCUUCCGCAAGAUCGAGACGGUCCGAUCUCGGGCGAUCCAGACCGAGCGAAACAUCACCUCGAUGACGGCCGAUAUUAAGCGACUCGAUGGCACCAAGCGAAACCUGACGCUGAGCAUGACGGCGCUCAAACGACUACAAAUGCUGACGACGGCAUACGAGCAGCUGAGAGGCCUGGCCAGGACGAGGCAAUACAGGGACUGUGCAAGUCUACUGCAAGCUGUGCUGCAGCUUAUGAAGCACUUCAACAGCUACAGGAGCAUCGACCAGAUCGCCACUCUGAGCAGGGGUGUUUCGGAGCUGCAGCGAGAAUUGUUGGAGCAGGUCUGCGAGGACUUCGAGAUCGCUUUCGCCAAGGGAGAGGUCGCCCAGCGGAGAGGCAUCCUCGUCGAGGCCUGUCUCGUCAUGGAUGCCCUCGGCGACAUGGCGCGGACACGGUUGAUGAACUGGUACGUGAAUACCGAGCUCCGCGAAUACCGUUCUGUCUUCAGGGGCAACGACGAGGCUGGGAACCUGGACAACAUCGGCCGCAGGUAUGCGUGGUUCAAGCGCAUGCUCAAGACCCACGAAGACGAACAUGCCGCCAUUUUCCCGCCCCAUUGGCGCGCCAACGAGCUGUUGGCGAUGGCUUUCUGUGAUGGCACCAGGGACGACUUCAAGGGCAUCCUCGAGAGGAGCAUGCGGAGGACGGAUGGGCAAAAGAUUGACGUCAAUCUCCUGCUGAGCUGCCUGCAAGAAACCUUGGACUUUGAGCACGGUCUCGAGAGGCGUUUUGCCAACGAGCCCCGGGCUAGCAUCGACACUUUGAGCUCUUCCGAUGACAGGGCAUCAAACUUCCACGGCUCCAUAUCCGCCGCGUUCGAGCCUUACUUGAGCCUGUGGGUCGAGUCACAAGACAAGCAGCUCGCCAGCAUGAUACCAAAAUACCGCAAUCAGCCCUUGCUUCCGGAAGACGAAGAAUUCUCGUCGCAGGCCGUCAUUUCGUCUGCCAUUGAGCUCUUCCACUUCUACAAGGUCACCCUGUCACAAUGCGCAAAGCUGUCCACCAGCGACCGGUUACUGGACCUUUCCAAGAUCCUGAUGAAGUAUCUGGACGAGUACGCGCAGCAAGUUCUCCUACAUAUUCUUCAAAGAGCGGGGCCUCAAGGGCCGCCAAUACAGGAUGUCAUCUUGGUCUUGAACACGGCCGACUUCUGGUCGACAAACACUACCCAGUUGGAAGAGAACAUCAAGAAGCGCAUCGACAACGAGCUCGCCGGCAAGAUCGAUCUGUCAUCACAAGCCGAUGCAUUCCUCGGUGUGGCUAGCGCCGCUGUUUUGACACUGGUGCGCAACGUUGAGAUUGCGUGCGAAGGCUCGUGGCGCGAGAUGCGGAACACGGGCUGGAGCACAAUGGAGAGCGUGAGCGACCAGAGCUCGUACGUCGGCGAGCUGCUGUCCUCGGUGAACAGCAAGACCGAGGAGAUCAUGGGCCUCGUCGUGAAGCAGCAAUAUGCCAGAGCAUUCUGCGACAACCUCGUGGAUCAUCUUGUCAACGCAUACAUCAGCAACAUCGUCCAGUGCCGUCCCGUGUCCGAGGUUGGCGCUGAACAGAUGCUGCUCGAUAAGUAUGUGUUGACAAAAGCGUUCGAGAAUCUCUUAUCGUACCACAACAAGUCGUCCACGACGACGCAUACAGCACCGGCAGGAUAUGUCAGGAGGGUGAACCAGACAAUGAACCGUAUAGACCCACUCCUAAAGACGCUGCAAGUCCGCCCGUCGCCACCGGAGGGUCUCGUGCAAGCCUACCUCAUCCAUAUCGGCGACCGCUCCGACACCAACUUCAGAAAGAUCCUCGACCUCAAGGGUGUCCGCAAGGGUGACCAAGGCCACCUGGUCGAGCUCUUUGGCAUCCACCGCGAGGGCAGCAUGAGCGACAAGCUCGUGCAGCAGUCCCCGCUGCUGACGCCGCUCAUGGCAACGGCGGGGCUCGGCAGCUCCAGCCUGGGCGCCAUCAACGCCAACACCGCUCUCACGAGCGCCAGCAGCGCCAUGCCGGGGCUGCCGAGCAAGUUCGACGCGACGUCGCUGGGCGAGAAGCUGCUCAGCGCGGCCAGGGACCUGGGGCAGGGGGCGGGGCCCGGCGGCAUCGCGGGCGCGGAGAAGGCCACCAUGAACGAGAACCUCAAGAACUUUGGCAAGUUCUUCCGGAGGGAUCUCGGAGGCUUCGGGGCGAGGUUCGGGAAGAGGGACGAGAGCGCCGACGGGAACCGGUGA